AUGGACCAAAACCUCCCGAAAACACGUCCCUGUCCACCGUCUCCUUUGGCCCGCAAGAGGGCACACUUGUCGAAGCCCGACGAGAGUGCCGAGCUGCCAUCUGACGUGCGCCAGCCAUCUGUGGCCCUGCUGGCACUUGCACUGGUGUCGCGCAGUCCCCACCUGUCGUCGAUGCAGAUGCCCGCCAAAUUUGCGACCAUACCGGCCGUCAAGUCUCCCGUGGGUGCAAGGAUGGUGCCCAAUCAAUCUAUGCAGAUCGCGCUGGCAGCAGUGAGUGUGGCCAGCACACCGACAGGCCGCAGUGCACUUCCGGAGAUGUCAAUGCAGGCUUCGCUCAACAACCUUGAAGCUGCUUUGCAUCAAGUGCGCAUGGACAUCGUUCAGCGAGGCCAGAGUGAUUGA